AUGCGCAAGCAGCCCGGGGACAUGCCCGAGUGCAUCGAGUUCGGGCGCAACUACCAGUUCGAUUUCAUUCCCAAGGGCUUCUUCGCCAAGAUCAUGGUCCGCCUCCUCUCCCUCGACCUCCAGGCCACCUGUUACUGGCGGUAUGGCAUGGUGGCGGUGGUGGACAACGACAAGAUCGCGUUAGAGUGGUCCGAGAGGUCGAAGGUCAUCAAGAUCUCUCUGCGGACCAGCCGGGACAAGCUCAACGCGGGUAACACCAACCGGUCGCUGUUCUCGCUCGCCGUGGGGUGCGCCGACUCGCUGGUGGCGGACUGGUACAACCUCAAGACCAAGGUGAUGGUGCCGUGCGUGCACUGCCUCGAGUGGGGCAAGAAGCGGCCUCGAAUGUUCGAUCUCGAGGAGUGCCGCUUGGCUGUGAUGCGCGGGGAGAGCCACGCCUAUUGCUCGCCGGUCAUCGCAGUCCGCUACGACCACCUCGUGCCCGACAUCGCCCUCACCGACCUCGCCCAAAACAAAAUCAACUACGCCAGCCUGGACAUCAAGGAGAAGAUCGGCGAGGGCUCCUUCUCGGUGGUCUACAAGGGGAUCUACAACAACGAAGAGGUGGCGAUCAAGCGGCUCAAGUUCAACGACGAGAAGAUCCGGGAGAACCGACUGCUGAAGGCCUUCGACGAAUUCAGGAACGAAGUCUUCCUAAUGAGCGGCCUGAAGCACCCCAACAUCAUCACUAUGACCGGGUUCUGCACUAAGCCCUCCUACUGCAUCGUCACCGAGUUUGUCAGCGGCGGAACGCUGUUGGAGCUGCUGCAGAAUGAGGAGAGCGUGAUCGACUGGUCGCUGCGCCUCCGGCUCGCCAAGGACAUCGCCAAGGGCGUGGCCUUCCUCCACAGCUGCUCACCGCCCAUCGUCCACCGCGACCUCAAAUCGCCCAACGUCCUCCUGGUGUCGAUGGACGACGAUGCGCCGGUGUUGGCCAAGAUCGCCGACUUCGGGCUCUCCGCGGCGAUGAUGCAGUCGGCCAUGGGGCGCAAGGUGGACUGCCCCGUGUGGCUCGCGCCCGAGAUCAUGCGCAACCAGGAGUACACGACCAAGGCCGACGUCUACUCGAUGGGCAUCAUCCUGUGGGAGCUGCUCACUAAACAGCAGAAGCUCUUCUCCGAGGUCAAGUUCAUGAUUCAGCUGGAGGACCGGAUCCUCACCGGCGAACGUCCGCCCAUUCCCGACGACUGCGUCCCGGCCUACCGCCAGCUCAUCGAAGAGUGCUGGAACCACGAGCCCGAGAAGCGACCCAACAUGGACGACAUCGUCGCACGGCUGCAGGCCCUCCUCGCCGAGCUCUGCCCCGGCGUCGCCGAUUACGACAAGGCGGUUCUGCAUCGGGAGAGCGAAGCCAACGGCGCGGUCGACGGCGAUCGGACGGAGGGCAUCCUGUCCGCCAUCGCCCACAGCAGCGCGCGCCCGUCCAGCUCUCUACCGAGCGACCGGCAGCCGACCGUGUCACCGUCGUCGUCGUCGUCAUUGUCGUCAUCAACCGCGCUGGGCCUCCACACCUCCCACCCGGGCGUCAUGCGCUACCAGCCCGCGGCGAGCGGUACCAGCAGCAGCCCACUGUCGCUCAGCUCCCCUCCCGCCCCAACGACGCCGCGGGCACCGACGGCGGCCUCGGCAGCAGCGGUCAGCGGCUGGACCAGCGGCUCGCCCUCUCCGCAGGCCGCGGCGUUCGAUCCGGCCUCGGUGCCCGCGGCCGCCUCGCUCCACUUCCCCUAUUUCGCUCUGCAGAACCCGGCCGCCUUCUUCCCUCGAUUCCACCACCACCCGACCACCACUUCAUCACCGUCGAUCACCACUUCACCCGCUGACUCGGGUUCGACGUCGCCAUCGUCGUCGUCAUCAUCGACAUCGUCGUCUACGCCAAGGUCGACGUCGACGUCGCCGGUGCUGUCGGCGUACCCGUACGUGUCGUCGCCCUAUCCGUUCCCGUUCCCGAUGCCGUCGCCCUAUCUGCCGCCGUUCCCGCCGCCGUUCCCGGCCGGCACGCACGCGCACGCGCUGGCGCUGGCCCGGGAAGACCCGCUCCACUGGACCAGCGACCGGGUGGGCGAGUGGUUGGACCACCGCGACGUCGCGUGCGGGCAGCACCGGGCCGCGCUCACGAAGUUCAACGGGCGGGCGCUCAUCCGGCUCACCGAGGAGCAAGUCGACAAGCUGCUGCCGGCCAGCGACAAGGCCGACGCCAUCCUGCUCUUCCAGCACAUCCAGGACUUGAGAGAUCUGUCGCUCUAUUGCUCCAUCCACCAGGCCCUGACUAGCUCAACCAGCCCAUAG